CGAAGACAAAAUUAUAUUAAACUACUUCCUGUAAAUGGAAAGGGACGAUAGAGAAAAAACAAUAUAACAUUUAUUAAAUGGCGGAGAAACAAGAAACAGCCGGCCCUCCAAAUGUCGAGAGGGCUGUCGAAGCGACAGAACCACCUAGAAAAGAUAUAGAAAAAUUAUGUAAAGAGACUUUUAAUAAGACUUCGUUAUAUCUUGAAGGUGAAUUGAAAAUUACAGCCGAAGAGUAUUUAUUAUUAGAAAAUAUGAAUAGGACUACAACAAAAAAAUACGACGAAAUGAGAAUGAUUGCAAAACAAGUGGAUUUAUCUUUAAAAGAACUAAUGGAAAAAUAUAAUUCUCUUCAACCUUUUCUAGAGCAAUUAGAUCAAAUAGAAAAGAGUGUAACAUCUCUAGAACAAACUGCUUAUCAAUUAGACGCCUAUUGCAAGAAAUUAGAGACGAAAUAUAAAAAAUUAGAGAGAAAAUGAUAAAAGUUUAUUCCUUCUUCUCUUCUUCAACAACUUUAUCCUUCAUUUAGCCCUAACGAUAAUAUAUACUAAUUAGACUAAUUAACGUUGAAAAGAAUUUAUUAGAUGAUAAAUUGAAAGACUAAUAAAUCAAAUUCUUCGAUAGCGCUUACGUUGUUGUCGUUGUUGUUGUUUUUCUCUAUCAAUUUUUCUUCCCCGAAAGGUGUUUAUAUUGAUAUUCUCUUCUUUCUCUCUGCAAUAUAAAAUUUAAAUAAUUCAUGAUUUUCUAUUUUGUUACAAUAAAACUUUAGGAUUGUUUGUAGAUAAGAAAAUAUAUAGAGAUCUUUAUCAAGUAAG